AUUUCGCACGUCAAUUUUUUCAUCUUCUUCUAGCUGUUAAACCCCAGCCAAAACCUCCUGUGAGGAGAAGAACGAUGCUCUGUAUCUCUCACAAUGGCAUUUUCUGCUAAAACCCCCAAAUUUCACCUCCAUUCGGACCACCAUAACCAUUAUCACACUAAAGUUAGUCAAAGGCUCAAAAUCUUUACUUGCUGUCACAAACCUUCCACCCAAAAGAUCUCCUCAACAAAGUUCCAUGAAAUUUCAGUCUUGAAUACCAGCUUCAUGGACUCGCGGGGCCCAAAUUCACACCUGCACGAACUUUGCAUGAAAGGGAAAUUAGAAGAAGCUAUAAAGCACUUAAAUUCGAUGCAAGAGUUGCAGAUUUCUAUCGAUGAGCAUGCUUUUAUUGCUUUGGUUAGGUUGUGUGAGUGGAAAAGAGCAUAUGAAGAGGGCUCUUGGGUUUACUCCUCUGUUUUGAAUUCAAUGCAAAUUUUGAGUAGCAGGCUUGGAAAUGCUCUUUUGAGUAUGUUCGUGAGAUUUGGUAAUUUGAGUGAUGCAUGGUACGUGUUCGGUAAAAUGGCUGAGAGAGAUCUGUUUUCUUGGAAUGUUAUGGUUGGCGGAUACGCGAAAGCAGGUUUUUUCGAUGAAGCUAUAUGCUUGUAUCAUAGGAUGUUGUGGGAUGGUAUUAGGCCUGAUGUAUAUACUUUUCCUUGUGUUUUGAGGACUUGUGGUGGAAUACCAGAUGUAACAAGAGGAAGGGAGGUUCAUGUCCAUGUAAUUAGAUAUGGGUUUGAGUCGGAUGUAGAUGUGGUUAAUGCUUUGAUAACUAUGUAUUUGAAGUGCGGCAAAGUUGGGAGCGCAAGGUUGCUGUUUGAUAAAAUGCCUAGAAGAGAUAGGAUAUCAUGGAAUGCAAUGAUAUCUGGGUAUUUUGAGAAUGGAAAAUGUUUUGAGGGGUUGAAGCUCUUCUUUUUGAUGUGUGAGUUUUCGGUUGAGCCGGAUUUAAUGACCAUGACUAGUGUGAUAUCUGCGUGUGAGUUUCUUGGUGAAGAGAAAUUGGGGAGGCAGAUUCAUGGCUAUGCAGUGAGGAUGGGGUUUGGGGUUGAUGUAUCAGUGUGCAAUUCUUUGAUUCAGAUGUACUUGAUAUCUGGACAAUGUGAGGAAGCAGAAAGAGUUUUUACUAGAAUGGAAUCCAAAGACGUUGUGACAUGGACAACAAUGAUUUCAGGUUAUGAGAGUAACCAUUUGCCUGAAAAAGCCGUAGAAACCUACAAGAUGAUGGAGGAAGGUCGUGUUGUGCCUGAUGAGAUAACAAUAGCCAGUGUUCUAUCCUCUUGUGCUUGUUUGGGCCAAUUAGCUAUGGGCAUUAAGCUUCAUGAGCUUGCGAUUAGGACAGGGCUCAUCUCUUAUGUUAUUGUUGCAAACACACUCAUUGACAUGUAUUCCAAGUGUAAGUGCAUUGAUAAAGCUUUGGAAGUUUUCCAUCAUAUUCCCAAGAAGAAUGUGAUAUCUUGGACUUCAAUCAUUAUGGGGCUUCGGCUCAAUAAUCGGUGCUUUGAAGCUUUGAUUUUCUUUCGGCAAAUGAAACUAAAUUUGGAACCUAAUUCAAUAACCUUAGUUUCUGUCCUAUCUGCGUGUGCUAGAAUAGGUGCUUUAAUGUGUGGGAAAGAGAUUCAUGCCCAUGUAAUAAGGACUGGAGCAGGGCAUGAUGGCUUUGUACCAAAUGCACUCCUGGAUAUGUAUGUAAGAUGUGGAAGGAUGGGUCCUGCAUGGAACCAGUUCAACUUACAGAGAAAGGAUGUUUUAGCGUGGAAUAUAAUGAUGACUGGGUAUGCUGAUCGUGGUCAAGGGGUGUUAGCUGUGGAAUUAUUUGAUAACAUGAUAGAAUCGAAGGUGAACCCUGACGAAGUUACAUUUAUUUCGCUGUUAUGUGCUUGUAGUAGAUCCAAAAUGGUGUAUGAAGGUUUGAAGUAUUUCAACAGCAUGAAGGAGUAUGGUAUCACUCCGAAUUUGAAGCAUCACGCAUGCAUAGUUGAUUUACUUGGCCGUGCAGGACAACUAGAGGAAGCUCAUGAAUUUGUAAAACAAAUGCCUACAAAACCAGAUGCAGCAGUAUGGGGAGCCCUUCUAAAUGCAUGUAGGAUCCACCAUCAGGUUGAGCUUGGGGAACUUGCAGCUCAAAAUAUUUUUGAAACUGAUACAAAAAGUGUUGGUUAUUUCAUUCUGUUGUGCAAUCUCUAUGCAGACAAUGGUAAAUGGGAUAAAGUUGCAAAAGUAAGAAAGAUGAUGAGAGAGAAUGGACUAUGGGUUGAUCCAGGCUGCAGUUGGGUGGAAGUAAAAGGUAAAAUUCAUGCUUUCCUCACUGGUGAUAGUUUCCACCCUCAGAUAAAGGAAAUAAAUGCUGUUUUAGAGGGGUUCUAUGAGAAAAUGAGAGCUGCUGGCUUCUGUUGUCCAGAAUGGACUCCUACAAGUGAAGCUGAACCUUCAAAAUCUAAGAUCUUUUGUGGUCACAGUGAGAGACUGGCUGUUGCUUUUGGCCUCAUUAAUACUGCUCCAGGGAUGCCUAUCUGGGUAACAAAAAAUCUCUACAUGUGUCCGAGCUGUCACAAUACCGUCAAGUUCAUAUCUAGGGUUGUUCGUAGAGAGAUUUCUGUUAGGGAUGCUGAACAGUUCCACCAUUUCAAGGAUGGCAACUGUUCAUGUGGCGACGAAGGUUACUGAGAAAAACACAAUUUGUAUGAUCUGUACAAAACUUUUGCAAAAGGAAUAUAAUAGUAACUCAAUGUGGAGGCAAAAUAAUGUAUAACUGGGCAAUGUUUCCAUUGGCCCCCUCAACAUGUCAGAUAUGAUUAGCAAAUUUAUAGUAGAUUCAUAUGCAGAUGCAUGAGACAAAGCUAAGAGUUCAAGGAGGAAUGAAAGUACUCUCCCUGGAGCUCACCCUCUGAUCGAAAUUAUAGCAUCCAGGUUUUGUGCUCUGGCCUAACUGAAACUCACUCCUUCCUGACAGUGACAGGUGUAAUUACGGUUUCUUUUUUGUUUGUAGACCAGUUUUGUCUUUGCUCUGCUCUAUAUAUGAUGUGUAUUAUACUAAUUACUGAAGUACACGAGGUUGAAAA